CCAAAAAGCAAAAAAAAAAGAAAAAAACAGAAAAGGAAAAAAAAGAAAAACCUAAUCGCGAUCCUAAUUUCGCAAUUGUGGCAUAGGAAUGUCCUCUUGUUUUCUCUUUCACCACACAAAUUCCCAAUUCUCACUUUCUUUUAUCGCACUUCUUUCAAUCGGAAACUAGUUAUUUUUCUUCAACAUCAAGCGUGUCUGUAGUUGGUUGAAGCAUUGUGGUGUUGGUCUGGUUUUGGUCUCCGAGGUUUGUGUUGGAUUCCGAUGAAUUAUGUAACAGAAGGUGCGCAUGUCGACCACGUUUCCGUAGCACAUGGCUGCUGCUGCUGACAACACCAACCCUCCAAAGGAUUAUUACAAAUUGCUGGAGGUUGAUUAUGAUGCAACUGAUGAAAAUAUCAAAUUAAAUUACCGAAGACUCGCAUUGAAAUGGCAUCCUGACAAGCACGGAGGUGACAAUGCUGUUACUACAAAAUUUCAAGAGAUAAAUGAAGCUUACAAUGUAUUAAGUGAUCCUGCCAAGCGUUUUGACUAUGAUUUAACGGGGAUAUGCGAAAUUGAAAAAUAUAGUUUACAGGAAUAUCUUGCCAGAUUUAAAGGCAUGAUUCUUACCUGCAAUGGACUUGGUAUCAACCAAACAGACAGAUGGUCACCCCAAUUGAUUGAAAAUUUUGAAUCCCUUGAUAAAUAAGGCUUCAAAAUCUAAAUUUCAUCCAGCGGAGUUACGAAUAAGGAUAUUUAAGCGUAACCAUGAUCUUGAUUUCCACCCCUCUCGGUUUCACCGAGAUUUGAAACCUCCAUAAUUGACAAUGCAACUCUGCUUGAAUCAUACACACUGUAAUAUUUAGCUACUUCAAGUGUACUUUUAGAAUGAGCUGUUAUGACGAACCUUUACGUCAGUGUUGUAGUUUUGUUUCAUGCCUCUUAGUUUGUUGACUAGUGAACAAUAUACUCUUUUCUUUAUUUGUAUAUUAAAUCAAUUAACUUUGUAAAUGGACUUGGUAUUAGUCAGGGUUAGAAUUCUGAACCA